UUAUUUUUCUCUUCAUUUUCCUCACUAUCUUCUUUUGUCUGUUUCUGCUAAGAACACACUUAAUAAAGAUCACAAGCGUUUUCUUCAUUAUUUCUGAUUUUAAUUAAUUUCUUAAACUAGAAUGUUUUUAUAGUAAUUGGAUGUUCUUAUCUCUUUUACUGGGCAUCUCCUGAAGUUCCUUUGUUUUUUGGGUUUUAAAUGAGCUUGCUUUUUCACAUAUUAAUAAAGUUCAAAACUAUUUCUAGAUUAUUUUCUGAUUUUGAUCAGCUUUUUAAACUAGAAUGUAAUUGGGUAUUCUUGAGAAAAGUUAGCUCAUUUUUGGAUUUAAAUGAGCUUGCUUUUUCACAUAUUCUAUUGUUUGUUUUCCUAAGAAUUACCUAAUAAAGAUCAAACCUUUUUUCUUGAUCUUGUUUUGAUUUUGAUUUGUUUUUCAGAUUAUAGCUGUGUUGUAGUAAUGGAUAUUCUUUUUUGGUCAUUUCUUGAAAAUUGUUUUAGCUCAUUUUUGGAUUUUUUACAUCUUCUUUUGUCUUUUUUCGCUAAUAUUCUUUUGUCUGAUACUGCUAACAGCAAUCCUAAUAAUAUUCAAGCCUUUUUUACUUUUGAGAAAAGUAACAAUAAAGAUAAAAACUUUUGCUCAAUUAUCCUUUGGGUUUGAUUUGUUUUUGAAGUCUAGAAUAAUGUAUUAGUAGUAGUUAGUGUUAUUUAUUUAACUGAUUGAAUUUUUCUUUCUGGAUUCAAAAUGAGCUUGCAGAAGACUAAUAAAUCAAAAUUCUUGGUUGUGAUGAUAUAUAUAUGCUGUUUGUUUUAAUUAUGGAGUGUUUUUCAUUUAUAGCUGAUAUUGGAUGAAUGAAUUUCAGAUUGAAGUUGAUUCUUUUAUCAACUUUUGAUCUUGAACCAUGAUCUGUACAUAUAGCUCUAUUUUCUUUACUACUACUUUUCAGUUUUUCAAAGCUAUAGUGAAGUAAGAUCUUAAAGUUUGCAUCUUUCUUUGUUGUACUUCAAUUUGACAAUGAAAUUUGUAUGUGAAUUUGGAUUUCUAAUCCUCUAUAUAAAGCAUUUAUAAUGAAACAUAAGUCUUGAAAUUUUAGUUUUCUUAUUAUCUUGUUGUUGUUGUUACUGCUUGUUGCAAUUGCUUUAUUUUCAUCUUUCCUUGUUUCGAUGUUUCUAUCCGAAACAACCUUUCUACCCUCAAGGUAGGGGUAUGGUCUCCGCACACACUACCCUCCCCGGACCUCACGUGUGGGCUUAUACGGGUUUUUUUUUUGUUGUUGUUAUUUCAAUCUCUCUUGAGUUCUGGAAUAAUGGGAUCUUACAUGAACUUCAAGAACUUUGCUGACACGCCGCAGACAGAGAGCAACGGUGGGAUGUCAAUGGGAAGUGGUAAUUUUCCUUUGGUGAGACAAUCUUCCGUAUACUCGUUAACUUUUGAUGAGCUCCAGAGUACUUGCGGACUUGGAAAAGAUCUCGGAUCAAUGAAUCUGGAGGACUUAUUGAAGAAUAUUUGGACAGCUGAAGAAUCUAAUGUUGUAGCAUCUGCUGCUGGCGUUGGAAAUGCGAAUACGGCUGGAGGGAAUUUGCAAAGACAAGGUUCUUUGACAUUGCCUCGGACGCUUAGUCAGAAAACUGUAGAUGAAGUAUGGAGAGAUUUUCAGAAAGAAACAACAGUUAGUUCUAAAGAUGGAAGUGGUACGGAAUGGCCAAAUCUUGGACAGAGGCAAUCUACAUUGGGUGAAAUGACAUUGGAGGAGUUUUUGGUUAGAGCAGGAGUGGUUCGAGAAGAUAUGCAACCAACUGGAAGCUCGACUGAUGUUAGGUUUACCGGUGCUUUAAGUCAACCUAGUACUAACAACAAUGGUCUGAAUAUAGCUUUUCAGCAACCUACUCAAAAUCCUGGACUGUUCAGCAAUCAAUUUGAAGAGAAAAACAUGUUGAACGUGGUUAGUGCCACAUCUUCACAACAAAAACCGAGUGUGGCCUUUGCAUCUCCUAUGCAAUUAGGGAACAAUGGCCAACUGGCUAACACGGGUGCUAGGACACCCGCCGUGAGCAUGUCGAGUCCUUCCGUAAGUACUAGUACUAUUGUUCAAGGCAGUGUUAUGCAGGGUGGAUUUAAAGGCUUGGUCGGAUUGUGUAAUGGAGUUACACCAGCAAAACGAGGAUCGCCUGGAAAUCAACAGUCACCGGACAUGAUUGCUAAGAAGGAACUCGACAGAUCGUCUCUUUCACCUUCACCUUAUGCAUUUAGUGAAGGUGGAAAAGGAAGGAGAUCAUGCAACUCUUUGGAAAAAGUUGUGGAAAGAAGACGUAAGAGGAUGAUUAAGAACAGAGAAUCCGCAGCUAGAUCAAGGGCUCGGAAGCAGGCAUACACUCUAGAGUUGGAAGCUGAGGUGGAGAAGCUUAAAGAAAUUAACGAAGAGUUGCAGAGGAAACAGGCUGAAUUUAUCGAGAUGCAGAAAGAUCAGUUAAUAGAAAAAAUGAAAAUGUCAUGGGGAAAUAAGUUAAGAUGCUUGAGAAGGACUCUGACAGGACCUUGGUAGACUCCAGCGGUGCCAAAUCCAGGAUAAAACAUCAGAGAACAGUUAGAACUGCGCAAGGAGUUGUAAUAUGUGAUAUUAUGAUCUGAUUCAGAUCGUAUUUCAUCGUAUUGUUGAUAGCUAUAUGUAUACAAGUGAGUCUGGCUUGUCGUGCUGUAUGUAUUAUUAUGUAAAUGAGCUUCGCGCAUAAAGUUAAUUUCUGCUGUGUCUGCGUUUUGGUUGAAUUACAUUAGUUGCAAGGGGCAAAAGAGAAUGUAAUAGAGUACCACAGAUAUAAUUUUAUCCAUGGUCAUUGAACUUUUGUGUUCA